GAAAUGAUAUCAAAAACUGAAAAUGAGGCUCCAGAAAAGAUAUCAGGUAAUUAUAGGCUAGCUUCUGGUUCCCUACUCACUGUCCAACAGAAUAAUCAGUUUGAGGAGGAAAAAUCAUCAAUCCUACAGAUAUAAAUUCAUCGGUGAAACCUCAAAAAAGAUUCAACAAGCUUUCAACUAUUCGGCCCUUGAGAGAUUUCAACAAUAGUUUACCCUAUGAUGUGAAUGAAGUCAAAGAUCCUCAAAACCUUAGAUGUAUUAAAUGAAAGUAUAGAGGUCCUACUAGGAUUCAAAAGUCAUGCCACUCAAUGCAAUGGUUCAUGGUAUUAAUAAUGUGAGUAUGUUGCUGUUGGUGCUGUUUGUACAUCCCAUUUUGCCUAAAAGAAACCUACAAAUACACACAUUAUUGCUCAAAAUGUGAUAACCACCUGAAAACCUAUACGCCAUCUGAUAGAAAUGGCAAGUAACUCUAUCUCCGUACAUUUCAACCCCCUAAAAUCUGUUGGGGUUUUGGGGUUUUGG